ACCAGGGCCCGGAAGAGGAGCUGGGAGGCCAUGGCGUCGGGGCCCCGCCGGGUUGACUGACAGCGGGGAUGCCGGGCCCCUCCGGGCUGCAUGAGGAAGAGCCGUGCGGCGGGCACAGCGAUUCUCUGCCUCGUCCUCCCCCUCCCAACUCAAGAGUGCCCACCCUGCGUCUCCUCCGCCGCCGGGGCCAUGGUGCAGCAGUUGCUCUACCGGGCUCUGGUGUCCACCAAGUGGCUGGCUGAGUCCGUCCGGGCCAACAAGAUCGGGCCCGGCCUCCGGGUGCUGGACGCAUCCUGGUACCCGCCCGGGGAGCGCAGCGCCCGGCGGGAGUACCAGGCGCGCCACGUGCCCGGCGCCUCCUUCUUCGACAUCGAGGAAUGCAAGGACAAGUCCUCGCCUUACGAGCUCAUGCUGCCCAGCGAGGCCCACUUCGCCGACUACGUGGGCCACCUGGGCAUCGACAACGACACCCACGUGGUGGUGUACGACGGAGACGAGCUGGGCAGCUUCUACGCCCCGAGGGCCUGGUGGAUGUUCCGGGCGUUCGGGCACCGCACCGUGUCCGUGCUGAACGGCGGCUUCCGGAACUGGGUGAAGGAGGGGCACCCGGUGACGGCGGAGCCCUCCCGCCCGCAGCCCGCCGUCUUCAAGGCCACCCUGGACCGCUCCCUGCUGAAGACCUACGAGCAGAUGGUGGACAACCUGGCGUCCAAGAGGUUCCAGGUGGUGGAUUCUCGGGCCCGGGGCAGGUACCUGGGGACUGAGCCCGAGCCCGGAGGUGAAGGGCUGGAACCGGGCCACAUCCCCGGCACCCUCAACAUGCCCUUCAUGGACUUCCUCACGGAGCAGGGCCUGGAGAAGAGCCCGGAGGAGCUCCGCGGCCUGUUCCGGGAGAAGAAGGUGGACCUCUCCCAGCCCCUCAUCGCUACGUGCCGCAAGGGGGUGACCGCCUGCCACGUGGCCCUGGCCGCCUACCUGUGCGGGAAGCCGGACGUGGCCAUCUACGACGGCUCCUGGUCGGAGUGGUUCCGCCGGGCGCCUCCUGGACUCAGGGUGUCCCAGUGGAAGGGGGACCAGUCCUGAGUUGGUGCCCUCGCCCCUCCCCUUCUCACCUCACCCAUUCUGGCCCCUCCCCUGUGAUCUCACCCAUCCUUGCCCCCCCCCCAUCCCAAUCUGUCCCAUUCUGGCCCUUCCCCUUCCGAUCUCACCCAUUUUUGCCCCCUCCUCCUGACCUCUCCCAUUCUGGCCCCUCCCAACCUCACCGGUUCAGCCCCCUCCCCUGCCCCCCUCCAUUCU